UAUGAUGGAUCGGAGGGAGUACAACUUACAAGAAGGUUCAGUGGUGUUCGUUAAUGUUGGAUGGCGAGUUAGAUGUCUUACCGUUGCUGUAUUGAAGAUGAAAUUCUCAAACUCAUCUGGACCAAGAGUUGGUUUAUUGGUGAGAAAAUAUUUCUCCAUUUUCCUUUGAGGUUUCAUUCUGUCGUUCAUGGAGAAAGGACAGAGCUAGCGAGAAUAUAUUGGGGGGGAAUGCAUUCCCUGGCUUCAACCAAACACUAGGGUGGGUCUUUCAGAUACUUGUUAUGCUGCUUAUCAAACAUGGGCGGUGGCAGAUGCGUGGAGCUUGGAGUGAAAAUUACAAGGGGACGAUACAUGUAUUAGGCAUUUUAGUUGGGACAAUUUUCAACCUUAAUCACCCAAGUAACCUUAAAAAUAUUGCUCAAAGGAGCUGAUUGCCCUUUUUCUCUCGCAGAGGUUACCCCCCGGUUUGCAUUUACAAAUGAAACGAACAGUGAGAAGGGGAAGGGAUCCUUGACUUUCAUUUUAUCAAGUUUGGCUUUAUUAAACCAUCAAACACAAUGAUUGGAACCUUGAUGAAGAUACAAAAGCCCUACAUGUUCUUCAGAAGCUCUAACUUGUUCGAUUUGAAAUGCAGCCUGAUCUGGUACUUUUUACAGGUGACUAUGGCAAUGAGAACGUCCAACUUGUCAAAAGCAUUUCAGAUCUUCAAUUUCCAAAGGCAGCAAUUCUUGGUAAUCAUGAUUGCUGGCGCACACAUCAAUUUUCAGAGAAGAAGGUAGAUCGUGUCCAGCUUCAGCUUGAAAGCCUUGGUGAGCAGCACGUUGGAUACAACUGUCUGGAUUUUCCAACAAUAAAGCUGAGUGUUGUUGGCGGGCGACCAUUUUCUUGUGGGGGUGAUAGGUUAUUUAGACCAAAGCUUCUGUCAAAACGGUAUGGUGUCGACAAUAUGGCAGGAAGUGCAAGGAAGAUAUACGACGCUGCCUCAGGUGCACCGGAGGAGCAUUCUGUCAUACUGCUUGCACAUAAUGGACCGACAGGUCUAGGUUCAAGAAUGGCUGAUAUCUGUGGACGGGAUUGGGUAGCUGGUGGUGGUGACCAUGGUGAUCCAGAUCUGGAACAAGCGAUAUCCGACCUGCAAAGACAAACAGGGGUUUCAAUUCCGCUGGUCGUGUUCGGCCACAUGCACAAGAGCCUAGCUUAUGGGGGCGGCCUCAGGAAGAUGAUCGCCUUCGGAGCCAACAAGACCAUAUAUCUGAACGGAGCAAUCGUGCCUAGAAUGAAGCACGCUGCCGCAAUCUCCACCAGGGAACGAGAUGGGCUCCAAGGACUGGGAUCCAUGGCACCCACUUCGCGUGCAUUCACCAUCAUUGACCUCUUUGAUGGUGCCGUCGAGAAGAUCUCCGAGGUCUGGGUACUGGUUAGUGGUGUCGGGUCUGAGCUCGAGGAGGAGACUGUCCUGUACAGGCGUCCACGUGAGCAUAUGUGACAUCCGGACUGGUAUAAAGAUGGUGUACAUGAAUUGUAACUAAAUUUGCUGUGGCGAAGCUGAAGCUGUUUAAAGAGUGCAAAUUGCUUCGUCACAAAAAUGCAUAGCAGGGAGAUACUGCCCUCCUGCAGGCGCAUUCCAUCUCGUCGUUUUGUUGUUCUGGUUGCCCCCUGCUAAAUUGAUCAUCAUGACUAUUGGACCCUCUGUUAUCUACUCCGUACCCAGUAAGAGGUUCCUUGAAGUAAGAACUACUACGUAACAUGUUAUGUUGUCUGGAUCUUUAUCAAGCUACCCUGGCUCUCUUUAACAUUGUGUAACAUCGAGCCCUGGAUGCCAUUACACACACAACAUUUUCAAUGAAUUAAUGCAUUUCUUUUCUGGGGAUUUGAA